CUGGCCCUUGUCUUCUGUUGUUACAUUUGGUGUCGCUGCCUACCGACAAAUGAAAAGCCUAUACCCUGCAGUUUUUGAUGGAGACAUAUGGAUCUUCGGGCAGGACUUCAAGGCUUCUGCGCAGUUGAGUGGCGUUCAAGAUCUGUCAGCGAUGGAGCUGCUACUUGAGACGCUGCUGGGAGGUCGGGCGAAAGCAGCAUAUGAAGGUGUGGGCCGAAGUAUGGACGAAUGUUCGACAGGGUCAGGCAAACAGUUUCCAAAGUGGGAAGGACCAUAUAUGGUCACUUCGAGAUGGGGUUACGCAGACACAGUCGCAAUGGCGAACAAUGAGAGGCGCGUGAACGUCAGCGAGCUCCAGAAAUGGAUACAGCGAGACAAGCCAACGAUGACGCCUGCACCAAGUAGAUCAAGCCGACUUCAGUCGCACGUAUUUGACGGGGGGACGAGUGUGGUGAGAGCAGGCUGCUAGCCGAUUGGUUGGCACUAAUCUACGUUAAGGUCUAGGUCACUAAUAUGGGCCGUGAACAAGGCUGAGUCAACAACCAAUCACAGCGAAGUUAACGUGGCAAAAUAUGAUUCGCAGAUAGAGAACUCUGUUUGUCAAGGAAUCCCGAAACAACCAAUCAGAAGCCUGCGUUUGUCUACCUAAACAACCAAUCAGAUGACUGCG